CAGAAAUGAUCGCACUGGAGCCCGGAAGUGUGUGUGACCCUCAGCAUUAUUUCACACCAAUAAAACCAUUUAAACAGCGUGAGAAAUGAAGUGAUAUAUUUAUAUCUCUGUGUUCCAUAUCUGUGAAUCAAAACCGGUGGAUAAAGAGUGAUUUUGGAGGCGGCUUCAGGCUGUGGAUUCCUUUGAGUUCAAGCCCAACAGGUUCGGAGAGGAUGUCAUUGUGAGGAACGCUCUGUGUGGCGAGAAUGCAGUCUUCAGGGCACCGGUUGAGGGAUGUGGAGCAGCAGCAGCCUCUGCUCAGCGGUAGGGAGGAGGAAGUGGCAGCCGGCCGCAUCUGGUUCAUCCAGGACAGCUGUGGUAUGGUCUGCGCCUUCAUGACCUGGUUUCUGGUUAUGUACGCAGAAUUCGUGGUGAAUUUUGUCAUGCUGCUCCCCUCCAAAAGCUUCUGGUACUCUCUCAUCAACGGCGUGGCGUUUAACUUCCUGGCUGUGCUGGCGCUGACGUCACACCUGCGGACCAUGCUGACAGAUCCGGGAGCUGUUACCAAAGGCAACGCCACUAAAGAGUACAUGGAGAGUCUGCAGCUGAAACCAGGAGAGGUGAUCUACAAAUGUCCAAAAUGCUGCAGCAUUAAACCAGAGAGAGCGCACCACUGCAGUAUCUGUAAGAGAUGUAUCAGGAAGAUGGAUCACCACUGUCCCUGGGUCAACAACUGUGUGGGUGAGAACAAUCAGCGAUUCUUUGUCCUCUUCACUAUGUACAUUGCCUCCAUUUCUUUGCAUGCGCUCUGUCUCAGCGGUUUCCACUUCAUCACCUGUGUUAAAGUCCAGUGGAAUGAGUGCAGUGAUUUCUCUCCACCUGUGGCAGUGAUGCUGCUGAUAUUCCUCUGUCUUGAAGCACUGCUGUUUCUCACCUUCACUGCUGUCAUGUUCGGCACUCAGAUCCACUCCAUCUGUAAUGAUGAGACGGAAAUCGAGCGGUUAAAGAAUGAAAAGCCCACAUGGGAGCGGCGCGUGCGAUGGGAGGGGAUGAAGACUGUUUUCGGCGGUCCACCCUCUCUGCUGUGGUUCAACCCUUUUGCUGGACUCCGACUCCGGCGCCUGCUGAUGGUCCGCACUCGGAAGGGCGGGUCCGAGUUCUCUGUUUGAACGAAGAAUACUGUCUAUACAGGCAUGAACGUCUGCUUUCAUGCCUAUAAUCCUAUUCAUACAGGACAUGAGACUUCUUCCUUAAUACUGGUGCAGGUUUGGAGGUACUGCAAUGAAAACCUGUUCAAUAACUGACGUCACCCCUGGAACAAAAAGGCUCCGACUCGAUACAGCCCGGCUGUGUCCACAUUAUUACCUCGUAAGGUGGAUCGUACUUGUUAUGCUCAUUUUGUCUUCAUGAAUGUUCACAUUAAUGGGUUUUAAGUGGACUAUUUUUUGUUGUGGUUUUGUUUAAUUGAGCAAAACGAACUUUAUGGAAAUGUAACUUGGAAAUAUUUGAAGGGUGUCUAUAUCCGUUAUUCAGCCUACAAAAAUUGCAUCUUGCUAUUUAAAUAGAGCUACUGUGUGACAAAUACCACGUUCCAUUUGGUUAACAAGCAAUUGUUUUUUAAACAGAACUAGAUCAUAAACCAAAAUUGAAAUUUGGAAAGUAAUUCGUGUUGCCAAAAACGGUUCUUGGGUGAAUCUCAUGAAAACUGUUGAGAAAUGUCUGUUUCAUAUUUCAGCCCAAAAUCAAAAGAAAAAAAUAAGACAUUAUAUUAACAAAGAAAUAAAAUGUGUGUAUUUUAGGAUGCUGGAGAUAGUUUGCAGUGUAACAUUAUUUUCAUGACAAUUAAGCACAUUUUCCUCCCACAAUUGUCUGCUGUUAUCAAAAAAAAAAAAAAAAAAAAAAAAAUAUAUAUAUAUAUAUAUUACACACACUACUGGUCAAAAGUUUUGAAACACUCAUUCUUUAUUAUAAUUUUUUUUUCUUCACAUUUUAGAAUAAUAGUAAAGUCAUCAAAACUAUGGAAUAACAUAAAUGGAGCUAUGAGAAUUAUGUUGUGACUAAACAAAAUCCAAAAUAAAUCAAAACUGUGUUAUAUUUUAGCAUCUUCAAAGUAGUCGCCCUUUGCCUAGAAUUGUCAAACAUGUACUCUUGACAUUUUCUCAACCAACUUCUUGAGGUAUCACCCUGGGAUGCUUUUUAAACAGUAUUGAAGGAGUUCCCAUCUAUGUUGGGCAUUUAUUGGCUGCUUUUCUUUAUUAUUUGGUCCAAGUCAUCAAUUUCUUUUUUAUUAAAUUUUAGUUUUAUAAUGAAAUAAAUUAAUAUGGUAGCACAAUUAUAUUUUUGUCUACAAAACUAAUUUCAAACAUUUAAGCAUACGCCUUCAGAUCAAAAGAUUUUUAAGAUCAUGAGAAACAUUUCAGUCAAGUGCUUCAAAACUUUUGACCAGUAGUGUGUG